AAGGCAGGUGGCUUAUGGAGACCAGACUCUGGUCCAUUCCUCAAGAUGCCUUUGCCAACUUGGUCAACAUUUCACACAUCUACGUCUUUGAUGAUGAGACUGUAGGGCUUCUUGAGAGGCAUUCUUUCUACAGCCUGGCCUGGUUGAUCCACAUAGAAAUAAGAAAUAUCAAAGCACUGUCACACAUUGACCCAGAGGCAUUUAUGGAUCUGCCAAAUUUAAAAUAUCUUGGUAUUUUCAACACAGGUCUCACCAUAUUUCCAGCCCUGCAGUUUGUUCACUCCAGCCAGGAGGAGUUUAUUUUGGAGAUUGCGGAUAAUAUCUUCAUAGAAGUAAUUCCUGCUAACGCUUUCAAUGGACUAUCUGAGAAUGCUCUAACCAUAAUGGUGAAUAGCAAUGGGCUGAAAGAGAUUGAGCGCUACGCCUUCAACGGGAGCAGACUAGAGGAAGUGUAUCUCCACAGGAAUGUGGACUUGGAAAAAAUCGAUGAAUUCGCUUUUUCUGGUGUGAUUUGUGGCCCAACAUUAUUAGACCUUUCAGAGACCAGAGUGCGCUCCUUGCCGUCAAUAGGAAUGGAGAACAUUGAGAAACUCCGAGCUAAAAACACCUGGACCCUUAAAAAACUACCCCCACUUAGAACCUUUGUGCACUUACAGAGUGCUGACUUGACCUUCCCGAGCCAUUGCUGUGGCCUUCAAAAGCUCAAAAGAUGGAGAGGACACACUGAGGCAGUUAUUUGCAACCUGACCAGGAUGCAGAAAUCUUCCACAACGGUUUCUCGGAGACAUACGAGACACAAAAUCUACCAUCAGAAUUUGCAUUUGGUAGACAGCCAUGCUCCCCAAACCUCUGACAACCCUUAUCACUACCAUUACUACAACAACAACAACUACAUUUGCUCUCUGGGAGAAGAAAAUGAGGACUUGUUCGACAUGGAGUUAUCUACAGAGCAUCCUGAUGAAGGUUUUGACUUUGCGCUGUGCAAUGAACUUUAUACAGACAGCCUUGAGCUCCUCUGUAGUCCCAUGCCUGAUGCCUUCAAUCCAUGUGAAGAUGUGAUGAGCCAAGGUUUCCUGAGGGUGUCUGUCUGGGUGGUUAGCCUGUUUGCCAUCCUGGCUAACCUCCUAGUGAUGUUCAUCUUGCUGACCAGCCGCUACAAGUUGUCCGUCACCCGUUUCCUCAUCUGUCACUUGGCAUUUGCAGACUUAUGCAUGGGGGUGUACUUGCUGCUCAUUGCAUCUGUUGACCUCUACACACGCUCCCAGUAUUACAACUAUGCCAUUGCCUGGCAGACAGGAUCAGGCUGCAAUCUUGCAGGGGUGUUAUCCAUUUUUGCCAGCGAGCUGUCUCUUUACACAUUAACUGCAAUUACCCUUCAACGUUGGCACGCCAUCUUCUUUGCGAUGAGGCCAGAGAGGAAACUGCGACUACGCCAUGCGGCUGUGUUGAUGCUCGCUGGCUGGCUGCUUUGCUUGAUCCUCGCUCUGCUGCCAGUGGUUGGUGUGAGCAGUUACCAGAAGGUCAGCAUCUGCUUACCGAUGGAUACCGAGACAACCGCUGCUCAGAUCUACGUUGUGUCCAUCCUAAUGCUGAACAUCUUGGCUUUCAUGGUCGUGUGCUUGUGCUACCUCCACAUCUACCGUAUGGUGCACAAUCCCCAGCACCAGUCCAGCAGACGUGAUGCCAUCAUGGCCAAGCGCAUGGCUGUUCUCAUUUUCACCAAUUUCCUGUGUCUGGCACCCAUCUCCUUCUACGGCUUGUCUGCAACCCUCCACCGGCCACUAAUCACCAUCACAGAUUCAAAGGUUCUGCUGGUGCUCUUCUAUCCUCUCAACUCUUGUGCCCAGCCAUUUUUCUAUGCCAUCCUCACGAAGGCGUUUCACUGGGACAUCUUGAUGCUGCUUAGCCGGAUGGGUCUAUGCCAGCGGCAGGCACAGCUUUACUGAAGCCAGCUCUUCAACACCCCUCAAAUAUACAGGAAGAUGAUGGCUUCUUCACAACCCAGCACCAAAAUCCCAAAAUGUGUUAGCAUGGAAAAAUAUGCCACAGGCAUUUGAUUUGUAAUGUCAGUGCUGU